UAGCCGAGAACCAGUUUAUAUUAAAAAUGGCAGACCAAGAAGCCGAAAAACUUAUUCACGCAAUAAAAUUAACACAAAAACUGAGAGGAAGUGUUACUAAAGUAUUUACAGACCUGUCAAAUGGACAAACAUCCACGAAAGAAGAGGAAAAAGAGAUGCUUGGAGAUCUGCAGAAAUCUUUAUUAUCUAUGAAUGAUAAUUUGAGUGACCUGGAAAAGAUCUCACAGAGUUUGCCAUCUACAGUUCACCAGACGUCUAACAACAUUAGUUUAGUAUGUCUGGAUCCAGCCACAGACAGAACACAGCUGCCUAGUCAGUUAAUUCAUGCACACAAGUGGACAAAUAAGGUAAACAGACUUGCCGAUUAUGCAUGCCAAGCUUUGCAACAAGCUACUCUAAGAAGAACCAAUAAAAGUCAGGUUGGACCAGGUUUAUCUACAAAACGACAGAGGCGCAUGCCACCAGUAGCUCAUAAUAUCCCAGCAAGUACUGUAGAAACAGUUUUAAAUAGUUUAGAAAAACAUUUACCAGAUACUAGUAUAACUGUAUCCCGGCCAAAUGGGAGUAGUUGUGUGUUACAGAUAACUCUUUCCAAAACAUUGAAGGCAGUUUGUGUGUUGAGAGGUUUUCUUAUAGAAUAUGUAAAUGUGAAAGCCUAUAAUGAAGAUUUUCUCUCAAAUGAUGGAAAGAUAGACUUAUGGUCAAAGUCAAGGUAUAAAGUGUUUGAAAAGGUAUCAGAUCUGAUGAUGGCUGGCAUACAGCACUACUAUUACCCACAGAUGCCAGAGAUAACAAUCAGGACAUUCAUACAGCAGUGGUUUAAUUCCUACAAGACAUUAUUUUCUGCACCAUGUUCAAAGUGUGGUAAACAUUUACAAGGAGGAUUACCUCCAGUGUGGAGAGAUUUCAGAACAUUAACGCCAUUACAUGAUGGAUGUAGAUAAUAAAUAUAUCUGUGCUCAAAUUAUUAUUGUUGAACUACUGCAAAACUGUGUUUGGGUCUAGUAUCCCAAUUUUGUGGUGAUUGCUGUUGUCCUUGUCAAAUGGGUACUUUGUUAAAAGUAUUAAACUCUUCAAGUAUUGAUAUCAUCCUUUAUACAGAAUACAACAAAUUCAGAAUUGAAUUAAAAUUUGUUUUACAAGGUCAGUUUUAAACUUGAUUAAUGGAGUGGUGGAAUGUGUUGUUACAAGUUCUGGGAGAUUAUGAAUAACAAAAAAGAUUUGUUAUGGCCUGUUUGAAUGUUUGUUGUAGCAGGUUGGAUCAAUAGUGGCUAGAUUUCAGUUCUGAUGUCUAUUCUGUUCUAUGUGUUUCAGUCCUAAAUGGGCUUCCUGAAUAAACUCUGUCACUGAUCUAAAAAUGGAUUUAGCAAAUAAAUAAAUGAUUAAGAAAUCAA